AGAGUAGUGUUUUCAUUUUGGGAGGAAUAAAAAAAGAAUGGAUUUCUCGGAUUUAAAUGAUAGCGAUGCGGGAGAUUCAGGUUGGACAAUGUACUUAGACCAUUCUUCUUCUGUUUCACUUCAUCAUUUUGAUUAUCACAAUGGAGACACAAAACAAGAACAUGAUGAUGAUUCUUCGAUGGUGUCGGAUGCAUCUUCCGGGCCUCCAUAUUAUUGCGAAGAGACCGUCCCUGAAGAUCUUCUCCAACAAAACACGCAAUAUUGGUGCAAGAGCAAGAGCAAGAUCAAGAACAAGAACAAGAACAAGAACAAGAACAAGAAGAAGGUUCAUGAAGAACAAGGAUAUAGUGAGAGAUUUAAUUCUUCCCUUGAUGACACAGCUAGUUCAUUGCCAGUUGUAGAAGAAGUUUCAGCGCAUAAGCAACAUCGAGAUCAAUAUCAACAGUUUGAUGAUUUCUCUCAAAACUACUCUACAAGAAGAAUAUUCAAGGGAAAAUUUAACUCUGGUUUUCUACAACAAGCAUUCCCGGUUGAUAAAUUAGGAUUGGAUAAUCAAGGUUAUGAUACGUCUAUUUUUUUUCUCUCUAGCCAUAAUACAUAAACAGAAAUGCAUAAAAUCUCAUUCAUGGGUCGGUGUCGGUUUACUUAAUAUUUGUAUAAUCAUAGAUAUAUAGCUUGACAAUAUGUGUAUUUGCAGGUGGUAGUAAUCAGAGGAAGAGGAGAGGAUAAAGAAUGAAAUUUGAUAUAUAUAAUUUAGUUUCAUCUCUCAAAAGUUGGAAGUUAGGGGGGGAAAAAAGCAGAAGGAACACCUUCUCUUCCUUUAAUGUGUUUUGCUAUCAUAUGUACAUUGUCUUUAAGAAAACCAUGUGGUUUUUCUUUUUUCAAUUAAUAUGAUAAAUCCUAUUAAAUAAACACUAGAAUUUGAUAUGAAAUUUCAACGUACAUAUA